UAUAUACAUAUAUAUACAUAUACGUAUUGUACAUAUAUACCUACAUAUAUAUAUAUAUAUACGUAUCCAAUGCUGUAACGUAACCAGUGGCGAAUCCGCGCCCGCGAAUUUCGCCCGCUUCGCUUCGCGAGGAACCUCUCCGUGUGUGAAAGGGUGGGCGGAACGCGCGUCUUCGGUUCAUCGGAUAGAUCGCGAUCGUGCGUACACGCGUGUGUUGCGUCGUAUUAAUAGUCCGCGUCUCUAAAAUAUAGCUGGCGGAAACUGGCUGGCACGAGAAACGACGCGUAGUGCGAGCCUCGCGUUUUUUUCCCUCCCGAGGGAGAAGAAAAAAGAAUCGCUCGAGGAGAUUGACGUUUCUCGCGCGCGCAGUGACAUCAUCAGCCACUGUCGUCCGCUGGGUUGUCAGUCGCUCGCGGAAUGACGCAGUAGACGGUGGUGCUCGCGGAGUGCAGUGGCGGACUGUCUCUUUCUCUCUCUCUCUCUCUCUCACUUUCUCUCUUCCCUCUCUCUCCUCACGCACGAUGAGAAAACACGGUGGAGUCUCGCGGUGAAGUAGGUAAAAUUAAUUUGGAAAUAAAAAAUGUCUGCGGAAUCACCAAGGCGAGGUGCGCAUAAAGGAGCUCAAAUUGUUUCACCUCAGCCCAUAGUUGACAGAUCGAUUAUUGAUAGCGUUGCUGGAAUUAUCAAUGAUAUAGUACCACAGGGAUAUGCAGGAGCAUCUAACUCUGAUAAUAAGGAAACCAUAUCAUGGGCGCGAUUUGAAUACGCGGAUAUAAAUGAUCCUGCUUUGUAUCCUGAUUACAAUGAAGGUUCCAAUACACCACCAUUAUUAUUGGUGCUAGGAUAUACAGUUGGCGUUCAGGUAUGGCUCAUAGCAGCGACGGGAGAGGCAACGGAAGUUCUAUCAUGGCGGCAAGGCGUGAUUCGUACUCUUCGAGUUCUACCAAAUCCAAAGACUGAUGACGAACACGUCGACGAAUUCGAAGCGAAACGGCCGAUGGUAGCGGUCUGCUCCGAGCCGGAUUCGACUCUUCCGGGACCAAAAUUUUGCGAUGUCAACUUCAUCUCCUUGAAGACUGGCGAGCCGGUGCAUAGCGUAGGAUUUAAAAAUCCUGUUUGCGACGUGCUGGCAAACAAGCGGUCUGUGGUCGUAACGUUAUUAGAAAAAAUUGCGGUCUUCGAUGCCAGAACAUUGCAAAAUAAUAUAACAAUCACUACCUGCUAUGCCAGCCCUGGCCCAAAUCCAAAUCCUGUCGCUUUAGGAACACGAUGGCUCGCUUACAGCGAGAAAAGAUUAAUCCCCGCAAGAAGGAGCAGUGGCGGUUGCGAGGGAGAGGGCGUGCAAAGUUAUACAGCGACGGUUUUAUAUGCAGCAAAGUCACUGGGUAAAGGUCUUCGCGGAUUAGGGGAAACCGUUGCUUCGAGUCUGACCGGAAAUUCAGUAUCACCGAUGACUAUGAAUAAUGCAAGCAACGACGUGACACAACCGGGCGUAGUCACGAUAUUGGAUCUUCAGACCGCAAGAGAUGAGAAAGAGUUGGACGACGCAAACGCGGAUGCUGUAAUUGCUCAUUUUACCGCUCAUAGUGAUGCGAUCGUCGCUAUGACCUUUGAUUUGACCGGCGCGUUAUUAAUGACAGCCGACAAGAGAGGACAUGAUUUUCAUGUAUUCAAAAUUCAGCCGCAUCCCGGUGGGCCGACAUUAGCAGCAGUACAUCAUUUAUAUAUUUUACAUCGUGGUGAUACCACUGCAAAAGUACAAGACAUGAUAUUCUCGAGUGACGCACGCUGGGCUGCAGUUUCAACUGUAAGAGGUACCACGCAUGUUUUUCCUGUCGCACCUUAUGGAGGUCCAGUUGGUGUCAGAACGCAUUCCACGCCUCACGUCGUCAACAGGCUAUCGAGAUUCCAUAAGAGUGCUGGCUUAACGGACGACGGUACUCGAUCCCAUUCUCCCGUGUCUCACGCGGAGCUACCUUUGUCCGUAUAUCCGUAUUCGAAUCCGAGACUUCCACCGUAUCCUCAUCCGACGAUAUUGCAUCCACUGUCGCAGAUUCGACAACCGUCUUCUUUGAAUCAAGUCAACAAUUCGUCACAGCCAAGUAGACCGCAGCAAAGACAACGGUUACAUUCUGACGAUAGCGGGACUUUACCGUUAAAAAUUUGCGCCUGUUUCGCUCCACCGAGAGCUUGGAUAUAUGCGCAGAGGGAGUCCAGCAGCAAGGUUGUCAAAAGAGCAAUUGAUUCCUUGUUCAUCAUGGCAUGUCAUGGAAAUAUGAUACAAUAUGACUUGGAACCUAAACCAGUUGCUGGAGUGCCAAAGGAAAAAGUCUGCGAUGAUACCAUGAUCGAGUUGGAUGUCGAAGCGAAGGGUCAGUGGCCGCUUUGCAGGGUUCCCAAUUUUUCGGAACUCGUCCCACCGUUGCCUUUGUCUAACCCGUUACUAAGCGUCACUUUUACACCAAAGAACAAUCAAGAACUUGACUCAGCCGAGGAUCGUUGGUUAAGUCAAGUAGAAAUCGUCACGCAUGCUGGACCGCACAGGCGACUGUGGAUGGGACCACAGUUCGCUUUUAAAACUUACAACGCACCUAGCGGUGUUGCUGUUAAUUUGGUCGAAGCGGAAGCGAUCGAGAUUGGAAUCACCGGAUCGCGACCAGCGAGAUCGAAGCCCGUUAAUAUGCCUCAUGCUGCGUCCAGGCCGUUGAUGCCGGUUGUCAUCGACGGAUCAGGAAGCAGUUACGAGCAAUCGCCAAGAUUCAUGGAGGCUUACGGUGAUCCUCUAGACAGCGAGAACGUAGGUAGCUGCGAGAGUCAGCUGAGAGAGGAUCUUGCCGAAGCUAUGCUCGAGAUAUCCAUUGCAUCACAUCGUGCCCCAGGGAGGCGUACGAUAAUUGAGAGGGUGGGUCAGCCGGUAACUAAAGUCGUCAACCCUCACACCGGCACCGUGAUUACCGUGUCGGCCGACGAGGAUGAGGACUCUAUUAGCUCCGUUCAGGAGUACGAUUCCGCUCCGGAGGAGAUAUUCGCACCUAGAAGCGUGUGCGCCGAGGAGGGACCGGCCUCGCUCGGUGCAGCGGACCACCUCGCGGACGUGCCGGAGUGCCGGACGCUGAGUUGCGAGCACACCGAGAUCUGCGCGGAAAUGCGUACGGCCAGUGAACCGACGGCGAUCGACAGCGUACCCGACGAGAAUAUACGCGAGUUGCAGGAACGUCGCGCCCUAUGUGCAGAGAUGGCGACGACAACGACGUCGACGUCGAUCGAUUAUGAAAGGGAAGGGGCAUUCCGCGACGUACCUACGAGUCUCAGUUUAUGCGCUGAACCGGGCGAGAUUCCGAGCAGUCCAAUGACGCAGGCGAAGGAGACUUCGUUGUGGUAUGGCAAGACGGGCGACAGAUUUGUCGGCGACAAGCGCGCCGAGGAUUAUCACGUCCACGAGAAACAUUUUGCCAAAGCUAAGUAUGUCGUCAGUUACGACGAUGAUAGCGUCACGCUGAUGGAGAACAAGACGAUGCGAGGCGAAAGGAAUAUCGAGAUGCAGUCAAGCGCGGAUGAAAGAACUAAGGGAUCUCUCGCGAGAAGAUCGAUCGUCGUCGAGGACAAUGCUACCACGCAGAAACGUCCGGUCGAAACGUCGCGAUCGAUGCGCGCGAAGAAAUAUAUUGUUCAAGAGAACGAGGACAGUGUCGUCAUCGAGGAUGCGCGAUGCGCGGUUCCGACAACGCGCGUUUGCACAAAGAAAGAAGAAAGCGAGGUUUAUAAGAAGAAAGCCGAAAGUGCGAAAGAUAUUUGUAAGGCCUUUGCGAGAGAGAAAUAUGGGGAAACAACGCAUAAAAACGGCAAAUUGAAGAGUCGCGCUCCGCGAGACUCUUUCGACGAGGGUCGAGUGACAUUAGAGAAUAAAGAAAUUAAAUGCGCGAAAGCGGAAUUCUCCGAUGACACGGAGUCUAAGCCGACGAAAUCUACCGCCGACGUAAUCGCGAAGGGAGAGAAUCUCGCUAAACUCGCUCCGAAAGCAGGAAAAACGGGGCUGUUACCUGAUGACGAUGAUGACGAAUUACCACCGUUAGAUCCUCCACCGCUGGAUGACUUUAGCUCUAUUGAGUAUCACAUGGUGGAGCAAUGUAAGGAUGCCGCCUCCACGGCCACUCAGUCUGAUGACGACAUCGAACAUAUCCAUGCGUCUGAGGUAACACAGAUACGUGCGAGGAUCGAUGCGAGCGACGACAAGUGCAGAGACGAUGCGUUCUUUGGCUCCACGGUUACGCAAUCGUCUUCUCCGGUGGAGCAGCGGAAGAGCAGUAAGAGCACGAUCUCGGACGACGAUCUAGAAUAUAUACACAGUUCCGAAUUCGGUGGUCUCGAUUCCGCGAGUUCGGGUGAUAUCACCUACACGGCCAAAUCCGCGACAAAAGCGAGCAAUGAUAGAAGCUUACGUAGAAGGCACAGCAAGCACGCUUUGUCAUCCGAUGAUGAUUUGGAGCAUGUUCAGCUUUCAGAGAUUUGCGAGCUAGAACUUGGCGCAGUGACGAGUUCCUCUCAGCAAGAGAUGGAGCAACAAGAUACAAAAUCCAGAUUGAGCAAGAAACGAAAAGACAUCAUGGUGAUCGAGAAAAGCGAAACGGAGACCGCGGAUAUCACCGUUAUAUACAAUCCACUAGAAGAGAUUUGGCUGAAGUCAGAAGAGAUGACCGACAAGUAUAGCCCCAUCGAUCAUCUCAAGGACAAGUUGGAAGGAACGAGUCCAACGCGAAAGGGCAAAAGUCGCAUUUCGAAAACGGCAGCAAGUUCCUCGUUGUUAUCCGGCAAGCGGGCUUCUCAGAUCGUUGCUAGCGAUAUCGUCGAGAUUAUCGAUAUUGAUGCGAUGCAGAGGGCCGAUACGGACGCUGACUCGACGCCGGAAUGCAAAAUUCUACAUGCCGCUACUGGAACUCGCGUCAAAAAGUCUCGCAAGAGCAAAAAAUCGCAGGCGGAUAGCCAGUUGCAGGAAAAUAGCUCGACAGAGCUCUCUUUUUCCUCUUCCUCCUCCUCCUUUUCUACUCCUCCACCUUCAUUCCGUUCCUCUAGAGUGAAAAUGGCGGAUCUGCGAGAGGCAGUGCAAGACGAGUCGUUCGUAGACUUUCCCAGGGGUCUUCAGGAACAGAAAGUUGAAGCUCCUGCCUCGACGGAUAUAUCAUGGAGUUCUGUUGUCAAGAAAAGCAUCUCCUUAUCAGAUUCGCAAGAGAUGCGCAAAGAAACAGAUCUCGAGCCAUUGAUAGAGGUGGAAGAGAAACCGGAGGCUGGCGAGCACGCGAGAAAGCUGAAGAAAAUUUCGGAAUUCUGCGACAGGGAUGAUCGCCCGUUCCUCGAAUCUGAGGCAGGCAAACAUGAGAAUACACAACGACGAACCUUUAAUGAGGAGAAAGAAGAAAAGGAAGACCUUGGUGAAAAGGAUAACGCUGAUGAAACGACAUCGAUGACAACGCCGAUGGAAGAGACUAUCCUCGUAGAUCUUCCCGUACCGGUAAUAGAUGAAGAACCUUGGGCGGACAGGGAACUUGCGGGUGUCACGAUCGCAAUGGCACGGACCAAGAUGUCACAUCAGGACAGGGAGGAUAACAAAGAACAGUCUUUUCCGGAAGUACGAUCCGUCGUCGACAAGACACGUCGAGGUGGCAGUCAAUCAGUGGCCAGUUACGAGGACUUGAGUUCCAGCAGUUUCAGCUCCGCCAGCAGGGCAUCUCUGGAUGCGAGGAGUUCGCCGACACCGUCGUACGGGGCCGAGAACAUGAUGGUGUUCCCCGGCGACAGUAGUGGCUCCAUUUGAGAUUAUUUGAGAUGCGCGGCUAUGCUACCGAAGUGGCUGCGCUGUCUCAGAUAAAGAAAGAGCAAGACAUUGAAGAAGAAGAAGAAGAAGAAAAAUCCUUUGCGGAAGAAGAAUCCUUGCUUGAAGACGGCAGGCUGUUUUGCUGUGCAAUGUGCGAUCGGCUCUUUCCAAUUCAUCGAUCACACAUAAGACAAUCUUUUGUUUUUUUUUUCUAAAGUUUCGCUGACAUACAUGGCAGUGAGAUAAAUACAAACGUCAGCGGAACUCUGAAUGAACAAUAAGAGAUGUCAACGACCAGGAGUGUUAUCGAAAGGAAGGUGUGCAUGUCGUAAAAACUCGGCCGCGACUUUUCUACGAAGCGUGUGCGAUGCACAGAUGCAAUUCUUUUUUUUUUUUUUCUCCGCGCGAUCUUUCCAAGAGAGUCACUCGCAAUUUGCCAUUUUUACCUCUUAUUUCCUGCGUUAAUAUCUUUGCUAAUAUUUUCUUUGUUACUAUUGCACGGACCACGAUGCUUUCUUCUGGUACGUGUACAACUUUUUUACGGGGAGUCCUGUGAGACAGGAACGAAAAGAAUGAAAGUGACUUUCGUAAACUACACGUCGCGUAUUCUACGAGAAAAAAAAGUAAACAUGCUCCAUGAGAGCGGCGAUAAAAUUUUGUUUUUAAGCAUCUUUCUAUCACGCUAUAUAUUAAUAUCUAAGAGACUAUUUUACGGUAAAGUUACACUCUAAUUAUCAAUCCCAAUAUUUUUAUACUUUUGGUAUUUCUCUCUCCGUGGACACGUUAUACGCACGAUGUACGUUGCCAAGGUAAUCUGCUCAUUCGUGAUAUUUGCAUUUUGUAUAUCUCCCUCGUGUAAUUUGUCGAUACGCAAUAUUCGCGACAUAUCAUUCGAAUAUAUGAUAUUUUAAUAAUUUUUGCCAUUUUUCUCUGUUUUAUUCGCAUUCUUUUAUCGGCAUAUUAAUCUCGUUUCAGAUGAUCUCCAAACGAUGGGUUUGUUUGAUAAAUGGAAUGCAAUUUUUAAUUGCAUAUAAUAAGUGAUAGUGACAUUUUAUUGAACAUACAAAUUCGUUUUUUUUUUUUAUCAGACAGAGAUAGAAGAAUACGAAUUUUUUCAUUAUAAAAAAAAUCUCUGCAUAUCUGAAAAUAAAUAAUAAUUGCUGUACAAAAAUGCACAUUUUUUUCUUUAAUUUGUUUCCAAUUUAUUUUAAAUAAAUGAACUUUGAUUAGAUAAAAUAAAUCCAAGGUGAUUAAUUAAUGAAUUAAUUAAAUAGAUAAAAAAAAUACUUGUGCAUUUUUGAUGAAUAUUGAAAUAUGUGAAUAACAGAUGCAUCGUCCGGAGGCAGCUUUAAUAUAUCGCGACGUAAUAAAUCAAAUUUCUUCGAGAUCGUUCUUAUCUCCUCACUUCGUAAGCGACCAAUUUAUCUAUCGUGCAAUAUCUUAGAUCGAACGGAGAAUUCUCGACGUUUCAAAGUGUCAGCAGCAGGGAUGAGACGUGUGUGAACGAGAUCGAUUUAACUACUAAAGUAAUUAUACAUAUAGAUCUCGAUAAUAUUUCGUGAGAAACGUAAGAUACGCGAUGUAGCGUCCCAGAGUAUACCACGAAAAUUUGGCAAUUAGUAUAUAUAUUUCGCUCUUGAAGAAAUCAUGUAGAUCUCGUACAAGGAUCGUUCCCGUGAAUAUUAGUGAAAUUUAUAAUUGAAAUUUAUUUGUCUUUUUUGGGGGAUAUCAAAUCUACAUGUGUGUCAAAUCUACAUUAAUUUUGGUUACUUUAUUUUUUGCUUUCUCUUAUUGAUAUUAUUCGGAACAAUAAGAGUUGCUUUUUAAAUAAUUCAUUAAAAAAUUUAUUGAUCUGUUAAUCUUAGUUUUUUCUCCUAUCUCUUAGAGAAAUUUCUUCUUUUUUAUGAUCUUUACUUCUUAGGCAAACCGCAACAGGGUAAGAAGUCGGCUUAAAUCUCGCAACUUUGUCGACAUUAAUAAAUAUUUACGAGAAAUAGUCCCUCAUCCGUUCGCCACAGAUUUGUUUUGGAUCUGAUGGAUGCGAUGAUAAAGAUUUGACUCAAGUAUAUAUCAAAGCUAAAAAGUAAAUUAGAGAUAAGUAGUUGACGGAUCAAAUCUAACGUAGAUAUACUGAUAUACUAGAUAUACUGAUGCAAACAGGAUAGAAACGUAAGCAGCCGAUUUUUUGAAACUUUUUAAAUGCAAAAAUUUGUCCAAUUUUCGUGGGAUACCCGGCGAUUCUUUUCUUUUCUAAGUGAUAGAUUAAUAAUAAUUCAUCAAUAGCGCGUGCGAUCGGUGCCAUUUGAGGACUCGAAGAAGCGGAAGAUAGCUUAGAUUAUAUACUAGUAGAUAUGAUGCAUGUGGAAUUUCCGUAGUGUUAUUCCUAUCGUUUAUACGUAUAAAUGAUGAGCAGUUUAAUUGAAUAACAGGCAAGUGACAAUACAUGUCCCGCUUGUCACUCGCUAUUUGUACAGUAAAAUGUAACGAUCGCUUUAUGGAGAUAUUCUCACUCAUACAUUUGAAGCACAAAGACUUCAGUGAUCUAACUCUCUUUGUCCAGAUUUUUCCCAUCUUCUCUAGUUUUUUCUAUCGUCUAUUGUCUAUUACAUAAAUCUUCUAUCUUCUCUCACUUUUAUCUUCUUUCCCACUGAUAAUGCGAAAAAAUACAUAAUGUGAAAGAAAUUAUUUAGAAGCGUAACAGGUUCUGUCGACCAGGCGCCAUUAUCCCGUUUGCUUUUGUUAUGCCAAUUAUAGAUUUUUUCCAGCUCGUAUUUUUCAGAGGAAUUGUUUUUCUAUCGUCUCUUUUCUUCCGAGACAAAUUAGCUUAUUGAAAAAUAUUUAUAGGAUCUAUGAACAUAGGAAAAACUUAAGUUCGUACUUUCAAAUCAUACUUUGGAUAAAAAGUAAAUACAAAUAUAUUAUAUGACGUGUGUCAUCAGUCACUGAACUGAGAAUAGCUUCUUAAUCCCUGGAUGCACAAUGUCCGAAUAAAAGUUUAUAAAACUGAAAAAUGGGAAAAGUAUCUGAAUUUACAUCAGAUACAUUGUUGAAGGAUUCUUCUCUGAAAGAUUACCUAUAAGAGAGUUUAAUCUUGGAAAUGAAGAAAAAAAUAAAUAUAUUAAGUUUUUCUCCUUCCUGCCUCUUUGUGCGUUCAAGGGUUAAAUUGCAUUCUCGUUGCUGCACCGAAUCAAAUGAAUACGCGAUGUGCGCCACACAUAUAUUUUUCUACCUCUUAUGUUCCGAUAGCGUUGCCGAGGAAUCCACCGCUCGUUCUCCGCGGCGAGAUUAGGCAGGAGACGAGUCCGCAGGCUCCGAUGCGCGGUGCACAAUUAGCACAGUAUCAUAUAAAAAUUAUUAAUAAUAAUUUAUAUUAUUAAUAAUAAUUUAUAUUGGGCGUCCAUCUUUCGCGAUACACUCUCAAGAAACGAUUAACAGGUCCUCGAUAAAUUCGGAAGGCCUUUCACGUAUCCUGAUCUUUUCUCUAUACUGCGUUACUAUUACUUGUGUCGCGAUUUUUACACGAUAGACAAAUCAAUUUUAUAUCACCAUUGUAAUGAGAUGCGCUUUUAAAAGAAAAAAAAAAGGAAAAAAUAGCAAAGGGUACAAAUUCAAUUAUCUCCCAGUGUGAAAAUAAGUUUGCAAGGGAGUAAUAUUUAAAUAUUUUUCAUCAAUUUUUUCCUUUUUUUUUUUUUUGCAUUGAUACAUUAUUUGUAGGGUAUUUCAUGAAACGAAAAUCUAUAACUUGCACGCAGUGAACGAGUGGAUUUUGUUCUGUAGUAGAAUAGAAUAGUGUUUUUUUUUUUUCGCAAAAAAAGAAUAGAAAGUAAUUAAAUCAGAAAUGUACAGGCAACGGAAAUCGCAUAAUCGGGUUUCGAGAGUUGAUUACUCAUCCCUCGAUGUUAACGAAGCGGACUGUGAAUCGUCUUCAUCGAUUGACUACAGAAUAGUCUCUCACGAUGUUUUAGAAUCGAUCCCGAUUUGCUGUUACGCUUCGAACAAUAGUAUUCGCGAAUGUUGUAUAGACUUCAAGCGUAUAGACGGAACUUCUCCGCUUUCUUAUAUAUUUUACUUUUGUAAUUGUGAUUUUGCGGAAUUAAUUUAAUUUUGUUUCUUACAAUAUAAGACGAUCUAUAUAAGCGCAAAAAAAGAUUAAAAGGAAUGUGGAUAGAAGAAGCGGAGAAUUUCCGUCGCGAUUGAACUCGGCUGCACUUGUCGAUUAAUUGUCAAUGCGCAGCGCAAACAGCAUCCAGCGAAGCAUUAGGUGCCUUUAGUAUUUCCGAUCAACAAUGUAAUUAAUAUAAAAUAGAAGACAGUGUAUGCUUGAAUGAGCAUAGAUCGUACCGACUCGUUCUUAAUCUAAGAAAUAUAAGCAAGUUGCAAAUGGCGUCGCAAAGCGAUGAAAUAUCGAUAAUCGGUCUGUACAAGAAUAUUGUCUUUUUUAUUUUGUGACGUGUCCUAUUGCUACUAUAAUCGUCGAAAGUGCGUAAAUUAUUCAAGGAACAGAAUGUAUGAUAGAUAAAUAGCAUUACUUACUUGUACUGGGAAAAAUAUUUCAACAGGAAAUUCCUGUGACGCAUUCUUUGGCAUUAUAUUUAUUCCACGAAAUUUUGUCAAGGAGCUCAAUUUAAGAAUCAUGUAAUGCUGGUUGAUGAUGAAAGGAUUUUUGUGAAUUAAGCUAAACUCUAGUAAAUUUUAAGUCGAAUUUAUUAGCAAUUUAAUUGUUAUCGCACAUUACAAUCCUAAUUGAUAAAAUCUUUAAUCGCAUCUUAUUGCGUUGGGCAUUCUAUUUGAUAGGAAAUUAAUCUCUAUUAUAAAUGAUAAUUAUCAUUAAAGUUGUGUUUUCUAACUUAAAGCGUGUUUUAUAUUGCUAAAAAUAGCUUUAACAUUGAAAAUUAAAAACAAAUAAUUAUUCAAUAUAGAAUGUUUGUUGUGUAAAAGUUGAUUGCAAUUUCAUCAUGGAAUACAGCAUUUUUUAAGAAACUUAUUAAGAAACUGUCAAAGCGUUUGAAUAAUCAGGCUUCCGCGAAUAAUUAAAAACUAAUGUCGACAUCUUUCCAUAGACUGCGACUGAUGUUAUUCAGCUGAAAUAUUGGUUGAGGUCACAUCUGGAAAAAGAUAUACAGAUAGAACAAAAUAUUUUUUUAUUGGAGAACGGUUUACUAAUUGAAAAAAAAACAUUUUAAUUUAAAAUAUUUCCACUCUCGGAUAAAAAUAUUUUCAGUGGAUAAAAAUAUCAACUCGAAGAAUGUAUUAUUUUGAUUAUUAUUUUCCUUCGAAUUGAAAGUACAAUAUACUAUAUUAAGAAAAAAUAAAAAAUUUUACUCUUCUGGGAAUUUGUUCAUAAAAUCACUUAUUUUCAUCUAUAUCUUUCUUCCACAGAUGACUUCAAUUUCAAUCUCGUACGAAAACACUUUAAUAAUGUAAAGAAAAAGAGCAAGAUGUUUAUAGUAAUUAAUUAAGAAUUUCUAAAAUCACUUGUACUGAGUUCCUGUUUCCCGUAUUUGUCGGGAUGAUACAAUUUGUCAUAAGAAAUAUUUUUUUCGCGAAACAUAGCACGCUGUCUAAAAUUUUUAUCAAGUUUGCAUUUUUUAUAUUUUUUGACUACGCUUCGAUACGAUUUAUAUCGAUGAGAAAAUAAGAGAGACAGACAGAGAGAGAGAGAGAGAGAGAGAGAGAAAGAUCGCAAGAACAUUCCACGAAAUUAACUUUCAUCAAUCUAUAUAUAACUUUCAUCAAUCUCGGCGCUAUUUUUAAUUCCCGAAUUUAAGCUGUCAUACAACUAAUCCGGUAAAUCAAUAAGUAAGAAUAUAUAUAUAUAUAUAUAUAUAUAUAUAUAUAUAUAUAUAUAUAUACAUAUAUGCGUAUACAUAUAUAUUUGUUCUUAUAUAUAUGUAUAUAAAAUAUGCAUACAUAUACAUAUAUAUAUGGAGAUAGAUUGCUAAUUGUAUUUCUGCCGACGUAGACGCAGAGUAUCUUUGUAUCGUGAAUUUUUGUCCUUUGUCGCGCGAGACAUUUGUAAAUGUGAUUUUCGUCAAGAGUAGAUGAAAGAUUGUGAGUAAAAUGCUGUGAUUGCGAACUGAUUUAAACGCUGAUCGAACGAACUGUCAAAGCAAUUAAGACAUGAAAAAAACGAUAAUUGCUCUGCCACGAUCAGCGUUUUCUGAUGACAAUGACGAUGAUAGAUGAUGAUCAACACGAUAUAUUCCUUGUAAAUUAGGAUAAAUUCGCGGUACAGCGACGGCGAUUUCCAACUCCGCUGACUUGCGAAAAGUCCCGUAAAACUUUUGGAGUUGCGUUAAUUAAAUUCGUUAAUUUAAUAAAUAAAAUAUGUGAAUUAAAUUAACAAAUUUAUUCACGACGCUGUGAAUGAAUCAAGGAUAAUCCCAUCAAAUCGAACCCCAAGAUGUAAAUAGAUAAUAUUAGUUUUCUUUUUUUGUUUUCCAAUUAAAAUUUGCUGGAAAUCUUUAUAUAUUUUUCUUCUUUUUAUAAUAACAGUCUCUCAAAUUUUUUUAAUGGUUGACUAUGAAAAUAUUUGCGAGUCAGAAAGGGAAUUCGCCGCUGCGAUGUGUACGUGUGCACGGAGAGAAAAAGAAAAACCAGAUUGUGAUGAGCGAUUUUUGACGAGGUCUUGCGGUGGUGUCGAUGCAACACGCAGAUAAGGAUUGAGGAACAAAAAUUGGCAAAGAAAAGAAUGGAGAAAGAAAAAUAAUGCAUUUUCCCCUCUCUUAACAAUUUCAAAUAAGAGAUAUUUUAUAAAAAGAUUAUAUCUUAUAAAAAAUGUAUAAAAUCACCAGUAACUCGCGGAGGAUUCUAUAGACAAUCAAUUGUUUAAUAAUUCAAUAUUUUUAACAAUUUGAGGAAAUUAAUUUUGCCAAUUUUGAAUAUAUUCCUUUAAAAUUUUACAAACAAGUGUAAAUUGUAUUUAUCUCUCUGUGAACACUCUGGAUGAUAAUCAAUUGCAUUUUGCGGCAUUAUAUUUUUCUUUAGACGUGUCUUAUCAAUGGGACACAGAAGAAUUACGAUUCUUAUCUAAAACGGAUGUUUGCAUGCGUAUGACACCGCGUAUGACUUCGGCCUAUAGCAGUUUUUCAUAUAUUUUACUAUAUUACGUAUUUUGUCAGGGCUAAGAGAGAACACAGCUAUAUACUAAUAAAUAUAAAAAAAAGGAGUAUGUAUAUCUUAUACAUAUAUAUAUAUAUAUAUAUAUAUAUAUAUAUAUAUAUAUAUAUAUAUAUAUAUAUACAUAAAUAGAGUGUAAGCGUAAUAACUUUAUGUCACGUGUAUACAGCUCCGCGUUGACGGAGAAAAUAGUGAUUCUUAACUAAGACAGCGUUACGGGAUUCCGUCGAGUCACGUCGGUCCCAUCGGUCCCAUCAAGUCGCGACGGGAUCUCGAAAGCUGUGCCUGCCGUGAAAGCCGUUUUGUAAUUGCUAAUACGGGCGCGGACGGAUUCUUUGAGAAACAAAUAAAAGAUUUUUAACGACUGCAACGAA